AUGCCUGUUAGUGGUGGUAGUGAUCACGGAAGCAGUAGCACAGCUUCCAAGCCCGUUCAAGAUUUGCCAAGUUUUAAGCUGCUUACUUUUAAUACAUGGGGGCUCAAAUGGCUUUCUACAAAUCGGAAAGAGAGAUUAAGGGCUAUUGGUGAUGAGUUAUCAGGACGUUUCACGUCGGUCCCAAUACCUGGGAGUGAUAACAUCGAGCUCGGCAAACGUCAUUCUCAAUUUGAACAGUACGACGUCGUGGCAUUACAAGAGGUAUGGUGUCAAGAGGAUUGGGAUUACAUCGUAAUGAGAUGCAGUGAGAACUACCCGUACCACAGGAUUUUCUAUUCAGGAAUCAUUACAGGUCCUGGCUUGGCUAUUUUGUCUAGGAUCCCAAUUGAAUCCACUUUCUUGUACCGUUUCCCCCUUAACGGUAGACCAACUGCAGUGCACAGAGGUGACUGGUACGUGGGUAAAUCGGUUGCCAUUACACUAUUACAACAAAUAGAUAAUAAUACACCUCCAUUGGCCAUUAUGAACAGUCACAUGCAUGCGCCUUACGCAUUGCAGGGAGAUGCGGCCUAUGCAUGUCAUAGAGCAUGUCAAGCUUGGGAUUUUGCCAAAUUGGCUAAUCUCUACAAAAAGGCAGGCUAUGCCGUUAUUGUUACAGGAGAUUUAAAUUCAAGACCCGGUUCUUUACACCACAGAUUGCUCACAGAUGAAACUGAUCUGGUGGAUUCCUGGGAACAAUUAUACGGUCAACAGGAUCCAGAAACGCUUGCUAAGUUGAAACCUUCGGAGCAGAUCAUUUACGGGUGCACCACUUGUGACUCGAAUCUAAAUACCUAUAGAUUGGACAAGAGACUUGAUGAAGCCUGCAGACUUGACUAUGCACUAGUCGAUCCUGACCGUCUACUGCCAACGGCAGCAGGUGCGCGCUUUACAGAAAGAAUACCUGGUGUAGGCUCAUUCUCUGAUCAUUUUGCAUACACAUGCACUUUAAAACUUUUGCCAAGAGCUUCCUCAGAUAUUCCACUUCCCAUGACAGCCAGCCAAACAAGAGAGAAAUUGAUUCAAAGGUAUGCUAAUUAUCAAGAGAUGUUACAAUGUUUAGCACAGUAUGUGGUAAACGCCAAGAGGCAAAAACUGUUGAGAUAUACACAUCUUGGUUUAUCGAUAAUCGUUCUCAUCUUUUCCUGCUUCUUGGCAUUUAUGACCGAUUGGGCAGCAAUCUUUUGGGUUUUGUUUAUCGCAGUAGUGUGCAUUACGGGUCUACUAGAUGGAUUAUUGGCCUUCAUGUUUGGUGAGAAGGAAUUACGUGAAUUGCGGGAAGUAGAACAAGAAGUCAUCGGAGCUCAACAGUAUCUACAAUCGCAGCUAGAUUUUAGAAACAAACUAUAA